GCUGACUGUAGCAUCCCGUACCCUCCAGCUUCGUAAUGGUGGUCUCGUGGCACCCCCCUUCACCCAACAUCAGCGUGACCUGCCUGCUCUUGACCAGGCACGAGAAGGAAUCGUUCAAUCGCUACCAUGUCUCUUAUAACUGGACGCCCUCUUCAGUUGUCCGCGAAUUGCGCUUCUCCAUGAUUUCCCGCCGAUUUCUAUUAUUCUUGCUGCCUUCUCGUCCAGACGUACCGUUGAGACUAUUCUGUUCACAUACAGAUCAAUUCUCACCUUUUUUUUAUGCAAAUUCCGAUCUGAAAUGUGCCUCAUGUCGAAAGAAAAGCCCUCCCGAUCUCGGAAGCGACCCCUCUCCCAAGAAGAGUACCUCCUCCCCAAUCGCGUUGUGACCACCAAAAGGCGGGCAACCGACCACAACGUGUAUGCGCGUCGCAGCACUCGACGGACCGCACAGAACCACACAUCGACUAUCCCUCGGAAAUAUGCCGAAGCUUCGGCUUAUGCGCCUCCUCCAGUCCUUCAUGGCCACGGUGUGAGAAGGGCGCCGCCUCAGCCACUGGAACAUCGCACGACUCGCACCCACCGAAGUCAAUCCCAUCAACCCGAGCCGGCUCCUAAAGUUCAAAAUCCAACCCGGGAACGCGCCAACACGCGCAAGAAGCGUACGCCAUUACCAAAUGGGCCCUCUACACAGAAUGCGACGGACUCUUCGCACUACGCUCAAACGUACUACGCCCAACCUCGAGUACACCAUCAUCAACAUUACCAUAGUGCAAACCACACCGGCCAUGUACUGGACAACAACUUCGCUGGACGAGCCGCGGCAAAUACCGUACUUGAAUCCGUUCGCCGAGACGCCUUCCGCUCUUCUCAUGGACGUCUGCGCCGCGUCCCUGCAGUCGAUCUUGCGAACGUGCGCACACCGUUCACGUGGGACUACGCGCAUUCUCAGCAUCAAGCGCAUUACGCUCCUUCCUAUGCUCCAGUUGCUACUUGGGCUUAGCAUUCGAGUCAAUAUUUCUAUCGGUGUGUAAGGGUAGCCUCGUUGUCAUUAGCGUCUUGACAAGCGCAUCUGCAUCAUGGUCGCAUGGAAAGGAGCGGCCACAGGCCCG